AUGGAUUACAGUACGGCCCAACGUCUUGCCCGUCUACAUGCAAUAGACACGGCAACAGAAACCAUGGAGCAAGAAAUAGAUAAACUCACAGCAGUUGUCGGUCGUCGCAGUGACGGUUGGCGUGAGGCCGAUGCGGAACUAAAGACACUUUGGCGCCAGAUGCUCACCCAGUGCCCUGCAGAGGUUCGGGAACUCACAGUGUAUGGUUUUAGUGAAAAGGCACAGAAGGAUCAACAGAGAACUCUACGUAUUUGUAGUAAUGUUGGUGUUGGAGUUAAGAAGAAGAAAGGGGAGGAGGGUCAUGACUCUAGGAUAGAGUCAGGGAAUAUUGGCGAAAACGAUACCAACGCCACGAAGGUGGACGGAAGCUUUAGUGCUAGUAAUAGUAGUAAUUGCUGUUUUGAUGAGAACAAAGGUAGAGGGAAACCAAAUCAGUUAGAGCAUAAAUCAGUUCCAGAGUCUUACUCUAGAAAGAUAAACGUGAAAAAUAUAAAAAAACGUGAAUCAACAAUUCGACACAUUACUCCUAUACAUUGA